AUGCAUUCGGACGAGAAACUCGCCCAGCUUGGGAACGCGGAUCCGCGAGAGCUGUCGCAGCCCUCACCGUCACCUGCGUCCUCGCAUCACCAUCGGCUGUCACUUUCCACAUCGCCUCCUCUCCACCACCUACCCCACACGGUAUCACGCACAUACAUCAUGUUCCGCCAGGCGCUAUCCACAUCCGCACGUCCUGCUGCACGAGGCGCCGCCCUGCAGCGCGGCACUGCCGCCCAGGCUCGCUUCGCUUCGGGAGGCUCGUCUUACAACCAGCCCACCGGUUACCUCUUCGGAGAGAAGGUCCCCAAGGGCCAGAAGAGGCAGAAGGAGAACUGGGAGAACAUGUGGUACUUUGGCAUGUUCGGCGGCAUGGCUUUCGCCGCUGUAGCUCUUAUGUACAAGCCCGACACCAGCAUUCAAACUUGGGCCAUGGCCGAGGCGAAAAAGCGUCUGGAAGCCUCGGGAGACGAAUGGCAGUACAAGCCCUCGCCAAACUCGGGCCACCCGAACGGCGUAUAG